AACAUCUCAAAUUCAACUCAACUCAAAAAAAAAUUCUCAUUUCUCUCAAUUUUCAGCUCAUUAAAAAUGGACUAUUACUGGACGAGAGGCCAAACCAUCGGCCACGGCUCUACAGCCACCGUUUCCGUCGCCACUUCUCCCCAAUCCGAUGUCGUUUUUGCCGCGAAGUCGACCGAGUUAUCUCAAUCAGAAUUCUUACAAAGAGAGCAAAAAAUUCUAUCGUCUAUUACAUCUCCUUAUAUAGUAAGCUAUAAAGGGUAUGACAUUACUAAAGAAAAUAAUACGGUUAUGUAUAAUCUUUUCUUGGAGUACAUGUCCGGCGGGUCGCUAACGGAUUCAAUUCGGGCUAAUGGCGGCCGGCUAAAGGAAUCAGUGAUCGGAAACUACACGUGUCAGAUUGUUGAAGGGUUAAAUUAUUUACAUUCUAAUGGAAUAGUUCACUGCGACAUUAAAAGUAGUAACAUUUUGGUGGGUGACACUGGUGUUAAAAUUGCUGACUUCGGGUGUGCUAAGAGGGUGGCGGAAACAGCGGAGAGAAUUGGCGGGACGCCGAUGUUUAUGGCGCCGGAGGUGGCGCGUGGGGAAAAACAGGGGUUUGAGAGUGAUAUGUGGGGAUUAGGAUGUAUGAUUAUAGAAAUGGCCAGUGGGUGUUUACCAUGGGCUAAUGCUGAUGACCCGGUUUCAGCUAUGUACCGGAUUGGAUUCUCCGAUGACUCGCCGGAGAUUCCUUCUUGGUUGUCGGAAGAAGCUAAAGAUUUCGCCGGGAAAUGUCUGAGAAGAGAUGCAAAACAGAGAUGGACAGCUCAGCAGCUUCUAAACCAUCCAUUUCUUGAAAAAUUUAUUAAUUCAAAACAAAUUCAAAUUCAAGAAUUUCAUAAUUAUAAUUCUCCGACAAGCAUUCUUGAUCAAGAUAUUUGGAAUUCACUAGAUGAUAUGGAUAACGCCGUUAAUUCAAGUUCAUCAUCGUCAUCAUCAGCAAGUGAAAGGAUCAGACGGUUGUGUUUGAAUACUGAUGGGCCCACUUGGAAUUUGGACGGUGGGGAUGAUGAUUGGAUUACAGUAAGAUUCGAAGAAGGUGAUAUAAUUAUGGACGAAAUUGAAGUUAAAGAUGAUUUGAUUAGUUAUGAUUCAGUGUACCAAAAUUAUUGUGACAGUCAGCAAUGCUUAAACGGUGUCGUAUUGGAUAGUAAUAGUAGGAUUAGUGGGGAUUAUUAUUGUUUUUUGGGUGAUUGUAAAUAUGAAAAAGAUAGUUUUAUAGUUAGUACUACUAGUAGUAGUAAUCUCAGAUUUGAUAGGGACAACAAAGAUGUAUUGUUUAAUAUUCCUCAUAAUUCAAGAUUAGUUUUACAAGCAUAAAA